AUGGUAGAAAAGAAGGAAGAUAUGGAUUUACCGCGAGAUAUAUGCAUAGAUAUCCUAAAAAGACUCCCGAUUAGAGAUGUCUUGAGUUGCAAGUGCGUUUGUAAAUUAUUGCGUGAUCUGAUAAAAAGUGAUGACUUUGCGGCGUUGUAUACUCCAGAGCCAGGUCUAGCCUUCGCUCAUCGAGACAAGGGGUACAUAGUCACUGAUGAGGCAUGCCGGCCCCUUUCCCGAUUUGUCUUGUCUCCUAGCAAUCAUGAUUCGGGUAAUGCUGUACUUGAUUCGACUGAUGGUUUGAUUUUGAUAUGGGAAGGCGGUGAACUUCUUUUCAUAUGCAAUCCAAUGACUGGUGAAUAUGUCCAGCUUCCUCCAUCGCCUCUAAGUGGGUUCAUAUAUGGAUUUGGACUGAGCAGAUUAAGUCGGCAAUAUAAAAUUUUAUCUGGUGCGGAAGGAUCAAGGUCAUGCUAUGUGUACAUUCUAGAAAGAGGAAAAAGCGGGUUGUGGAGAAGCGUCGCACCGGAAGCACCAGGCAUCCCUAUAUUUCCUAGUGAUAUUGCGGCAUUUUUGAACGGAAAUCUUCAUUGGUUGGCAUCCAAGUCCGGGGAGAAUUUCUUUGUUUGUUGCUUUGAUCUUGAAACAGAGCUCUGUAGUGGUUUUUCUCUUCCUGAUCGUGAUUACAAUGACGACUAUAAUCACGAAUAUCACCUACGUACUUUGGAGAGUCGACUAUGUUUAUGCGAUGCGGUAGAUGAGCAUCUCGGUGUUGCUAUUUGGUGGAUGGACGAUUAUGGAGAUGAUAAUUCUUGGGUUAAAGUAUAUUCAAUCCACCGACUCGAAGUUUCUCCAACUAUCUAUGGAGUUGUUUACCCGCUCAGAGUUUUUGCAAAUGGUGACUUAUUGUAG